GUCUAUCUCUUGAGCUAACAGUUCAAUAUAAUACCAUAUGUGUAAUAUAUGUUUAUAACUAGAAAAUCUAUUUUAAUUAAUUAAUAUUUAUAAUUACAGUACACUUUACUCGUUGAUUGAGUUAAAAUUACAAAAAUUAUUAAUAAUAAUAAUUUUAACAGCUUUUCAAAUGGAUGGCAAAAAAAUUUUGGGCUCAAAUAUUGCCAAAGAGUUUAUAAAAGAAUUACAAAAAACAAUAUAUGAAAACAAAAUCGACGUAAAAUUGGUGACAUUUUUGGCCAAUGAUGAUCCGGCGGCUGAAAAAUAUGCCGAAGUGACAGCCAAAGCCUGUGCCGAAACUGGUGUCAAAUAUGAGUUGAGGAAAAUCAAUCGGGAGAUACUCGAGGACGCUAUCAUUGAGGCGAACAACGACCCGAUGAUUCACGGCAUACUUGUCUACUAUCCGGUAUUCGGCGGCGGUCACGACCAGUACAUCCAAAACUGUGUCAAUCCGGCCAAAGAUGUCGAAGGUCUGUGCCAUACCUAUCGGUUCAAUAUGUAUAACAAUCGCCGCUUUUUGAAUGGUGUUGAGUCACUCAAGUCUAUCAUCCCGUGCACACCGUUAGCCGUGGUUAAGAUUCUUGAAUAUUGUAAUGUGUAUGAUAUGAACAAGUCUUAUGGCAAUCAUUUGAGUGAUAAGAUUAUCACAAUAAUCAAUAGAAGUGAAGUAGUGGGUCGACCACUGGCCGCCCUGUGCGCCAAUGACGGCGCCAAAGUGUACUCCAUAGACAUCGGCGAUAUACUAGAGUUUGAUAGAGGCCACAACUUGCAACUCCCGAAAUAUCGGGUACACGAUAGCGACAAACGCUUAGAAGACAUUCUGCCGAUCAGCGAUGUUGUAGUCACUGGUGUACCGAAUCUCAAAUAUAAAGUGUCCACCGAUUUACUCAAACCGGGCGUUAUUGCCAUCAAUUUUUCCAGUUGUAUGAACUUCGAGGACAAUGUCGUGUCGCGGGCGUCCAUAUUUGUGCCGGCAAUCGGUAAAGUGACCACAACUAUGUUGCAGAGAAAUCUAUUGAGACUGAAGAAGCAUCAAAUGAAUUGGAGUAUUAAAUAUCAAAAUCUAACCGAUCAGUGAUCGUAAAAAAUUUGUUUAUUGAUUGAUUCAUAUCUAGUAUUUUUAUGCCAUAAUUUAAUAUAUUGAGAAAAAUAAUGUUAUUUUUAUUUUAUUACCGUAUAUACGGUAUUGUUAUAUAAUUUUUGUUUUAGUGAAAUUAUUUUUAUUACCAGUUAUAUCAAAAAUGGUAUUAUAAUAACUGUAAAUAAUAAAACAUCAAUAC